AACCUGUACUAAGUUGUGAGAUUCUUAUAGUAAAGCUACAUUUAGCUUCGUCUCACUGGGCUGGGUUUCUGAAAAGAGUUGGUUCUCAGAGUGAAUGAUUAAAAAAAUCCUUACAAGCAAACAUUAGAAAUGCUUUGGAAAAGAUAAAAUAUUUCAGUGUGUUUGCUGUUCAGAGAGCUAAGGCUUUACUAAUUACGUUUUAAUCAGAUUUAAACACAGUGAAGGGUGAUACAAAGUCAAGUGCCUGCCAGUUCAUCAAGAAGCAAAGGAUUUCCACCUGAAUACAAAGAACAUGGGAAUUCUCUUUUCAGAGCCUAUUUGUCAGGCAGCAUAUAACAAUGACUUAAAUGAAGUUCAGCUCCUUUUGGAGGAAGACGGCGAUUACUUGAAUAUCCAGGACAGCUAUGGUGGAGACACACCACUAAUCUGCGCCUGCAAACAGGGACAUAACAGAAUAGUUAGUUACCUUCUGAAAAGAAAUGCUGACGUGAACAUCAAAAAUAAUAAAGAACGAACAUGUUUGCAUUAUGCUGUCAGAAAACGGUUCAGCUUCCUUGACUACCUCCUCAUUAUCCUCCUAAUGCCUGUUAUGCUUCUUGGGUAUCUCCUCAUGGUAUCCAGAAGUAAGCAGAAUGAAAACCUUAUCAAGAUGUUACUAAGAGCUGGUGCUGAUGUCAAUGCUACAGACCAUUCAGGAAGAACAGCUCUUCAUUAUGCCUGUGAAAUGAAGAACCAGUCCAUUAUUCCUUUACUAGUUGAAGCCGGUGCUGAUCUUUCCAUAAAGGAUAAGGAUGAUGAGACACCACUGGAUAUAGCGAGAAGAUUGAAUUUCAUUAACAUAGAAUCCAUAUUAAAGAAAGAAUGAUAGACUGUGAUGGGAUAUUGACAAGGUUGUUAUGGGCGGGAAAAACACCUGCUUUGGAAAUUCAUUCUGAUAAGUGCUAUUUGGUCAACGUUUGUAUGUGACAAUUUUUACAGCAGCAACAGACUGCAUUCACUCUUCUGUUGUGUAUUCAUGUAUGAUGUGAUUUGACCAGAACAACAUGCUUUUUUACCAUUGAGGGAAUGAUUUUAUUUUUUCAUACCCAUGUAAGAUAUUUGUAACAGUUUGAGCAAUGCUAUUUAUUUGAGUACCAUUUGUAAAAGUUGAAGUUUAAAACAAAUUUAACAAUAAAGCUCUGUUUUGUAUUUAUUUUCAA